GGUGGUGGGGGGAGUGAGGGGCGAGGAGGGUGGGGAAGAUGAUGAGAGAGAAGGAGAGGGGGAGGAGGAAGAGGACGGAGAGGGCGAGGAAGAGGCGAGAGUGGACGUUGACAAUGCGUUUGGUUUCGGAGAGGACGCCGCAGAGGUUGAGGGCGCGAUGGUCGGAAUGGGAAAGCAGGCCUGAUUGAUUUCUAGAGAGAGAGAGAGAGAGAGAGAGAGAGAGAGAGAGAGUUGGAGUGUAGUAGUGGAGUAUUGGUAUGGGAUUGGUUUCAGUUUUCAGAGGUGUGGCGUCAGGCAAGGGUAAUGGAGGAAGGGACAAGCUCUCAUGGAAACUCAAUCAAUCUACUUUCUCUAAAAACUCGAUGAUCGACUGAUCCACGUACACAACGCAAAAAAACGGAAAGGAAGUCUGAUUUUGAAAAUAAUUGGUAACUCUUCAGCGCAAACCCGGGGGAGAGGUCCCUCAUUGAUGAAUGCAUCAUGGAGUAGGGGUAAUAACCAAAUAGAGAUUGUACUAAAUGAUAGGGGACAACUUGUAAUGCCUGAAGCAUCUCCCCUUGCCACUAACAUGGGGCUGUUGGUGAGGGAUGGUUCCCUUCUACCAUUGCACUAUACGGAUUGGCGCUAUGUCCCUGAGCACUAUAAGAAGAAAGUAUGGGAAGAAAUCAAGGCUCAUACAGAUGCAGAUGAUUCUAUGGAGAGGUGGUUCAUACAAUCUCUUGGAAUGAAAUGGCAAGGAUGGAAAUGUGAAGCAAAAAGGCAGGGAGACACGCCAUAUGAAAAUGAUGCAAACACACUAGCUCAUAAGCCCAGUAGAGUUACGGAGGAGCAGUGGCAGUGUCGGUGUUUGGUCUAUUAUUGGAAUGAUGGAUAUGUAAAGGAGAAGAGCAUAAACAACAAGGAUUAUAGGUCCCGACAAAAAUUACUACACACGAGCGGGCGGCAGACACAACAUUAUUUGGUUGAUCAAAAGGACAAGGAUGCGGGAAAAAAACCUACGCGUAUUGAUACAUAUAUCAAAACACAUGCACAAAAAGAUGGUGGAGCAGUUAAUGAAGAAACUUCUGCUAUUGUUCAUCCAGAUGCCUCUAGUGUGCACCGCCAAAUGACAAUCGGUAGUAACCAAGCAAGUCCAGAAGAGAUAGAUCCGCCACACCAGACGCAGCCGGGAACCAACUCUAUUGCCAUAACCGAAUCAACAGGUUGGUUCUCAUCAUCAGUGCGAGACUCAUAUGGUGCAAUCUGGAGAAAAGCAGACUACAAGAGUCACAAAGAAGAAGAGAAGAACAUCGCAAAAUGGUUCAAAUUGAGUUUAUUGGUGCAAGGUAAUUGUUGACUUGUAUGUAUGCAUUUAUUUAAAAUAGUUCCACAAAAUGGAGCUUAGACCACCUAAUAUUCAUCUAUUUGAUGCAUUCUACUUUUUGCACUUUCAGAGAGUCCAAUGCAAGAAACAUAAAACUAAAUCUUUUGUUUUGUCCUUUGUGAACCACAUACUUGCUGCAGCCACCAUAUUGCAGCUUUGGAAUUGAAGUUAGCUCUUAA